AAGAGGCAUUGGCAUUUUAAACAGCUAUACGUCCAUGCCUGUCAAGUGUUCAGUUAGCGGUAUUAGCUUAUACGUAAAGCAAACAUGGCUGCGCCCACAGGACCGAGAGGAUCACAGGUGCCCUCUGCGUUUGAAGGAUUCCCCUUUCCAAUAGCUGGCAGACCACCGGAGGACAGCUCCAGUAAGGAGCAGGAGCAGACCGGGGAUGUGAAAAAGAAGCCAUGCAGGGCUUGUACGGACUUUAAAUCGUGGAUGAAGAUGCAGAAGAAGCAGGCGACAACUGCUGGUGGUGGUGCUGCUGCACAGGAGACAAAAGCUGCAGAUUCAGAGCCACAAGAUCCCCAGUGUCCGCUGGACAGGGAAGAGCUGGGCCGCAGCACGUGGUCCUUUCUGCACACUAUGGCCGCGUAUUACCCGGAUCAUCCAUCUACCACUCAGCAGCAAGAGAUGGGGCAGUUCAUCAACAUUUUCUCCAAGUUCUUCCCGUGUGAUGAAUGUGCACAAGACCUCAGGGACAGAUUGAAAACCAAUCAGCCGGACACUAGCAGCUGCCACGCUCUUUCUCAGUGGUUCUGUCGUCUUCACAACGACAUCAACGUCAGGUUGGGGAAGCCUGAGUUUGACUGUUCCCGUGUGGAUGAGAGGUGGAGAGAUGGAUGGAAAGAUGGCUCCUGUGAUUGAGUGAUUGUGCUGAGAGAGAUUUGAAGACUUGAGUAAACCCCGUCGUCAGUAUAAAAUACCACUAAACUGAGCUCAUGUUUGAGUGUUGGGUUUUUCUGGUUUUGUUUUAAUAUAGUAUAAUUAAUCUAUUAAUAAAAUUAAAGAUUACAUAAUAGUUUUCCUUAGUGUUUCUUGAGUUCAGAUCUUUUCAGUUCAGUUUUAUUUGUAAAGCACUAAAACAUAAAAACUGUUUUCUGCAAUAUUAUAGAGAGAAACUCAAAACACUAAAGUCAAGAUUCUGGGUUAUAUUAUAAUCCUUUCCUUGUUGGAAGUGCUUAACCAGGUAUGACUCUCACUUGACCAUUGGAGCAAAGACACCUGUGCA